UUUGUUUCUCGAUCACUAGCUAUCCUGGAAACCCCGAAAAUCACCGAUCAAAGCUGAAGAUGGGAACCCUUGGCAAAGCCAUCUACACCGUUGGAUUCUGGAUUCGCGAGACCGGUCAGGCUCUCGAUCGUCUCGGCUGCCGCCUCCAAGGCAACUACUAUUUCCAAGAGCAACUUUCUAGGCAUCGGACCUUGAUGAACGUAUUUGACAAAUCUCCUCUUGUCCACAAGGAUGCAUUUGUAGCCCCCAGUGCGUCUGUCAUUGGCGAUGUUCAGGUGGGAAGAGGGUCAUCUAUUUGGUAUGGAUGUGUUUUAAGGGGGGAUGUCAACAGCAUAAGUGUUGGAUCUGGAACUAAUAUACAAGACAACUCCCUUGUGCAUGUGGCAAAGUCUAAUUUAAGUGGGAAAGUGCUACCAACCAACAUUGGAAACAAUGUUACAGUUGGUCAUAGUGCUGUUUUACAUGGAUGUACUGUUGAGGAUGAAGCAUUUGUUGGCAUGGGAGCAACACUUCUUGAUGGUGUAGUUGUGGAGAAACAUGCUAUGGUUGCUGCUGGAGCCCUUGUGAGACAGAAUACAAGGAUCCCUGCUGGCGAGGUCUGGGGAGGUAAUCCAGCUAAGUUCCUGAGGAAGCUAACUGAUGAAGAGAUAGAAUUUAUUUCCCGGUCAGCCACCAAUUAUACCAACCUUGCACAGGUACAUGCAUCUGAGAAUGCAAAGCCCUUGGAUGAAAUUGAAUUUGAGAAAGUUCUUCGCAAGAAGUUUGCUCGUAGGGACGAAGAGUACGACUCAAUGCUGGGUGUUGUCCGUGAAACUCCCCCAGAACUAAUUCUUCCAGAUAAUGUCCUACCAGAUAAAGAACAAAAGUCAUCCCAAAAAUGAUCUCUCUUUUCACGUUACUCUUUAUUUGGCAUCAAGAAAAAAAUUGUUACUUUCAAGUACAUGCAGAGGGAUAAUUUUUCAUUUUUCUUUUCCGAAUAAUGUGGGUCAUGUGUUAGGAUAGAAUCAUGGCUCCAUUUUAGCUAUAAAACUCUACUUGAUUGUAUGGUCACUCGGAGACUCGGUUCAUGACCGGAGAUGCUUGUUUUCUACUUA